CAUAGUACUACAGUUGUUACAAAGUCGUUAACUUGAAUAGAACGCAAUGAGUUUAGCUGGUAAAGUUGUUAUUGUAACCGGUGCGAGUUCUGGCAUUGGUGCCGCCGCAGCUAAGGCCUUUGCCCAGCACGGUUCCAAAGUGGUGAUUACAGGACGAAAUGAAGCUAAUUUAAAAGCUACCGAAGCUGCCUGUAAAGCAGCCAACAGCAAAGUGGAACUACUACUUAUCGCCGCCGAUGUUACGACAGACGCUGAGAAGAUUAUCAAAAAAACAAUUGACAAGUUCGGACAAUUAAAUGUGUUGGUGAAUAAUGCUGGGGUGGGUGAAUCGGGUGCAAUCCUGGAUAUUGACGUUGAGCAAUUUGAUCGUGUGAUGAACACAAAUGUGCGUUCGGUCUUCCUGCUAACUAAAUAUGCGGCACCACAUCUGAUUAAGACCCAAGGUAAUAUCGUGAAUGUCUCCAGCGUCGCAGGAUUGCGUUCGUUCCCCAAUAUUUCUGUCUACUGCACCUCCAAAGCGGCAUUGGAUCAAUUCACCAGAUGUAUCGCCUUGGAUUUGGCGCCGAAAAAUGUGCGUGUGAAUGCCGUAAAUCCCGGUGUGAUUGUCACAGAAUUCCAUAGACGUUUAGGAAUGGCGGAAGCAGAUUAUGCUAAAUAUUUGGAGCACUCGAAGUCUACGCAUGCAUUGGGUCGUGUCGGCGAACCGAAAGAAGUGGCUGAUGCUAUUAUUUUCCUUGCUAGUGAUAGUUCAAGCUUUAUAACGGGCGUAACUCUGUCGGUCGAUGGUGGCAAACAUGCCAUGUGCCCACGUUAAUAUUACUUAGAAAUGUAAUUUAAUGAUUUUAACAAUGUACCUAAAUAAAUAUAUACAUAUAAAAAUGUGCUCUAAAAUAA